AUGGCGCUCGGUACUGCUCAGCACGAACAUCCAUUUGAGCAUCUGAUCGACACACUCCAGAGCGUAAAAUAUGAAGAGCGGAGAUACUUCAACCCACAGAAGCUUAGUGAUGCCCGAUAUGAGAAACUUCCAUUCUGCAUCCGGGUUCUGCUGGAGUCCGCUGUCCGUAAGUGUGACGGGUUCUACGUGAAGACUGAGGAUGUCACCAGUAUUCUGGACUGGCAGAUGCAGCAGAACCAAGCCGAGGUUCCGUUCUUACCUGCCAGGGUUCUGCUGCAGGAUUUUACGGGAAUUCCUGCUAUGGUGGACCUGGCAGCCAUGAGAGAGGCUUUAGCUAAGCAGGGAGUCGAUCCAAACCUGGUGAACCCCAAAUGCCCCACAGACCUCAUCGUAGAUCAUUCCCUGCAGAUCGACUACAGCAAAUGUGGCAUCCAGACCCCUCCGACCCCCGUGGAUGAUAGAUCUCCUGUCGGUCGGUCAUCUCCCCGCAGCAGCAGUCAGUGUGGGGGUCAUCGACCAGGUCAGAGGGGCAGCUGCAGUAAAGGCUUCUGCUCUGACGCUCCCAGUGGCCAAUCCCCAGCUGUACAAAUAGAGAACACACCCCUCCUCUGCCCCUUCCACCUACAGCCCGUGUCAGAGCCGGAAACAAUGAUGAGAAACCAAGAGCUGGAGCUGAACAGAAACAAAGAGAGGCUGCAGUUUUUCAAGUGGUGUUCAAAAACCUUCAAAAAUGUCAACGUAGUUCCGCCAGACAUUGGCGCCGUACACCAGGUGAAUCUAGAGUACCUGUGUCAGGUGGUACAGGAAGAGGAGGGGUUUAUUUAUCCAGACAGCGUGGUGGGAACGGAUUCCCACACCACCAUGAUUAAUGGCCUCGGCAUCCUUGGCUGGGGAGUUGGAGGUAUUGAAACAGAGGCAGUCAUGUUAGGUCAGCCAGUGUAUUUGACUUUGCCUCAGGUCAUUGGUUGUAAACUUGUUGGCUCCAUCAAUCCUCUUUCCACGUCGAUUGACAUUGUCCUGGGCAUCACAAAGCACCUGCGUCAAGCUGGAAUUGGAGGAAGGUUUGUGGAGUUUUUCGGACCGGGUGUGUCGCAGCUCUCUGCUCCUGAUCGGACCACCAUUGCUAACAUGUGCCCAGAGUAUAACGCCACCAUCAGCUUUUUUCCUGUGGAUGAAAUCACCCUGGAGCACUUUAAACACACCAUCUGUAGUGAAGGGAACCUUGUGGUUUUAGAAGACUACCUGAAGGCUGUGAAACUCUUCAGAAAUUAUGACGACCAAUCAGAAGAGCCGCAUUACUCCGAGGUCAUUGAGAUGAACUUAAGCUCCAUUGUGCCUCAUGUCAGUGGACCCAAACGGCCACAGGACAGAAUGGCCAUAACUUGCAUGAAGGAAGACUUCAUUAACUGCCUGAAUGAGAAGGUGGGAUUUAAGGGCUUCCACAUAUCUAAAGAGAAGCAGGGAACUCUGGUGCCAUUCCUGCACAAGGGGGCGGAGUACAGCCUGGCACACGGGUCUGUCGUUAUCGCAGCCAUCAUCAGCUGCACUAAUAACUGCAACCCAUCCGUCAUGCUGGCUGCAGGUCUGUUGGCGAAGAAAGCCGUUGAGGCUGGACUGUUGGUAAAACCGUAUAUCAGAACCAGUCUGGUGCCCGGCAGUGGGACUGUUACACAUUACCUGAACACCAGUGGAGUCCUGCCCUUCCUCAGAAAACUCGGGUUUGAAGUGGUUGGUUAUGGAUGUGCCACUUGUGUGGGAAACACAGCGCCUUUACCUGAGAGUGUGGUGGACGCUAUUAAACAGGGUGAUUUGGUGGCAUGUGGCGUGCUGUCUGGUAACCGGCAUUUAGAAGGACGCCUGUGCGACUGUGUGCGGGCAAAUUAUCUGGCCUCGCCACCGCUGGUGGUGGCGUAUGCAAUUGCAGGCACAGUCAGCAUUGACCUGGAGACAGAACCACUGGGUGUGAACACUGAAGGCAAGGAUGUGUAUCUAAGGGAUAUCUGGCCUUCCAAAGAGGAAGUGCAGCACACAGAGGAGAACAUUGUCAUCGCCUCCAUAUUCAAAGAGCUGAGGAGCCGAAUGGAGAAAGGAAAUAUGUUCUGGAACAGUUUAGAAUCUGCAGAAUCUGCCCUCUUCCCGUGGGAUCCCAAAUCCACCUACAUCCGCUGUCCGUCCUUCUUUAGCAAACUGUCUAAAGAGGUGUGCUCUCCUCAGUCUAUUGACAGUGCUCACGCGCUGCUCUUUCUGGGUGAUAAAGUUACGACUGAUCACAUCUCUCCAGCUGGUAGCAUCUCUAGAGUCAGUCCUGCUGCCAAAUACCUGCAGAGCAAACGUUUGACCCCUCGUGAGUUUAACUCCUAUGGUGCACGGAGAGGAAACGAUGCAGUGAUGACUCGAGGAACAUUUGCCAGCAUAAAGCUUCAGAACCGGCUCAUCGGAAAGACCGGACCUAAAACACUGCACAUUCCAUCAGGACAAAUGCUGGAUGUGUUUGAAGCUGCUGAGCGCUAUCAGAGAGAUGGAGUUCCUCUCAUUAUCCUGGCAGGAAAAGAGUAUGGCUCGGGCAGCUCACGGGACUGGGCUGCUAAAGGACCCUAUUUACUGGGGGUGCGUGCUGUGAUAGCUGAGAGCUUUGAGAAGAUUCAUAAGAAUCAUUUGGUGGGAAUGGGGAUCGCUCCACUGCAGUUUCUGCCAGGACAGAAUGCCGACUCGCUGGAGCUGUGUGGAAAAGAGCGAUUCACCAUCAACAUCCCACAAGAGCUCACACCCAGACAACAGCUCUCAGUACAGACGAGCACGGGAAAGAGUUUCAGCGUGGUGGCUCUAUUUGAGAAUGAGAUGGAUGUGGUGUUUUUCAGACAUGGAGGAAUCCUGAAGUAUGUGGCUCAUUCUCUUUUGCAGUAGUAAAAUCAGACUCAUAGACACCCCAUGGACCCCUCAGCACAGCGCCACCUUGAAGCCUUCAGGAGGCGUAUGAACUCACAAACUGUGCCUCUUGUUUGCUGAAUCCUCCGCUCCAGAAGGAUGUCAUUCUUUUGCACUUAAAAAAAUGUCCAGUCGUUCUCUCCAAAUCAUUCUCUCCACAAUCUGGCAUGACGGAGAGCUUGCAAGACCUUCACAGUCUGGUUGUGGAGUUAGAGCUGUUUAGUUUGAUUUGAAUAUUUCAUACUGCAGUGCCUGCAACAUGUGUCAAGAAACUUUCCAUCCAUGUGAAAGCUUUGAGUGUUGAACUCAAAUACUGCAUGAUGACUUCACUGUUGAUGAGGCCUGGGAUCUAAAACAGGCUUCAUUCUUCUCUCAUGGUGCUGAUUUUGACACGGGCACAUUGAUAUGGAGUAAAAGUGUUCACACAUACAAAACUCUCCCAGCUGUCUGUUCUGUAUGAAUUUCCACAAAUUGCCAUCACAACAGCAGCUAAGCACUAUUUGUUUGAUCCGAUCCAGUGAAAUAUCAGUUAAUUUAUUAUAAUCGUCCCUUUUGUGUUUGCUGUUUCUGAGAAUGAGUGACAAUGAUGAUGACGACUAAAGGUAGUUAUUGGGUGAAUCUCAUGAAAUCCAUUGAGUACCAAGUAUAAGUCCUGGUAAAAGAAAGAUGGAGAUAUAUUUUGCUUAAAGAAAUCCUAAAAACAAAACCCUAUAUAUUUAAUUUGAAAAGUCUUUAUAUAUCAUGGUAUUAUAUGUUGUGCUGACAUUAUACUGAUUAAAAACAACAACAACAGUCAUGAAUGUCAGGAUGCAUUACUGAAUUUGGAGGGGAAAUGUCUUCAUCUUCUCGAUUUUGGGGUGAAAUAUAACUUGGACAUGUUUUGAUGAGAUUCACCCAUCACAGUUUGUUUCUUUAACUUCUGACAGGGUUCAGCUGUGCCCAAGACUUUUCAAAAAAGUGCGUCCACUCUAAUCCAUUUUCAUUUAAAAUCUCUGUUUUCAGUUUCCUAUUAGAGUAUCCCAGUGAAGAGUCUUUCUAGUGAGGAUAAGAGCCGUACACGUAGAGUAAACGAUACAUUUUUAAACGUUUCCAGUUGAAAAGUAACACUUAGAGUUCGGGCAAACUUGCCGCAAAUCAUUAUUUUCCCAUGCAAAUAAGCUUGAGAGUUGCCACAGAUGUGUGCCAAACGUUUGCAGCAUUUCAUCGGUAGUGGUGAACCUGCAACAAACUUUUGGCAACAAGUAAGAGAUUGCAGUAAAGCUCAUCUGCAUGUACUCUUGAUUUGUGUUUCUAACAUCAUCGUCUUCUGAAGUAUGUGGUACAAGUGAGUGUUUUCGAAAGUCUUAUUUUUUAAUAGAGGAAAUCACUAUUCCAGUGUGGAUGAGAGGUUUAAACGUAGCAAAAUAAUUGUUUUUGCAAACAAAAACUUAUUAGUGAGAAGUGGCCUUAAAGCUACAAUCAGUUGGGCUACUUAAUUUAUCAAAUUAUCUAUCUAAUUGUAUAUUUAUUGUAGAAGUUAGUAUCAGAAUUUAAUUUGGAUUUUGUAGAUAUACUUUAUCAUAAACUUCAUUUGGAUGUUUUCAUUUAAAUAUAUAGGAACACAGCUUGAUAGGUGCUGUAAGCGAUUUUAGCUGUUCUGGAACUUCCACAAGACCGAGCUGAUGAUUUAGCUGUACCUCUCUUUCCAAAAUCCUGCCCCCCUAAAGAUACCAUUGAGACUGAGACUGACACAGAGCAGAAGAGCAGCAGUGUGUCUUCCUACAGUGGUCAAACACAACAGUACAAAAAUAGUGCCCUCAACAGACAACUGUUUUGAAUCUGAAUAUGGCAUUAAAGGGAUAGUUCAACCGAAAAUAAACACACAUCAUUUAUUCACCCUCAUGCCAUCCCAGAUAUGGGACUGCAGUACACAGACAAAGAUUUUUAGAAGAACACCUCCGCUCCAUAGGUCCAUACAAUGCAAGUGAAUGGUGACCAAAUUUCCGAAGCUCCAACAAGAACAUGAAAUCAGCAUAAAAGUCAUCUACAUGACUCUGGUAAACCAUAAUCUGUUUUUGGAAGAGAUCCAUUUUGUUUUAGGCGAGAACAGACCAAAAUAUGUCUCCUUUUAAACUAUAAAUCUUUGCAUUAGUGGGCUCCUUGACCAUCAUGAUUUCAAGCUUGAUUAGAAACACCAAGUACAAAGAGCUUCAUGAUCAUGCCUAAAGACUCUUCAGAAGACAUGGAUUAAACCACUAAAGUCAUAUGGAUUACAUUAUUGCUGCCUUUGCAAGUGAAUGGUGAGUAGAACUUAACACACAUUGUAUGGACCUACAGAGCUGAGAUAUUCUUCUAAAUAUCUUCAUUUGUGUUCUGCAGAGGAAAGAAAGCCAUACACAUCUGUGAAAGGUGUGAGGGUAUUAAUGAUGAGAGCAUUUUCCUUUUUGGCUUUAAACCUUAAUGAUUCGUACCAACAUCAACUCUAUGGGUGUUUUCCAAAUGGCAAUUUUGCUCUUGAAGGGCACUGCGGGAACUUGGGGAAGGGGACUCACUCGAAUGUUCAUUCCAAACAAAAGUAAGAGAACCUUUUACAAGACUAUUAGUGAAGGGUACAUUAAUGCAGUACUUUCAUGCUGCAUUUAGAGUGUCCACAUCAAGAGAUCUGUCCUUCGAAGGGAGUAGGGCAUAGGGAUGAUCACUUUCAAUUGGAAUUCGCCCUAUGAGUACGCACUCAAUGAGUGACAGGCAGAAUUUAAGCAAAAAAAGACCGCUCACAUUUUUGUUUAGAGUUUAGUUUAGGCUAGUGCAGUCACAAGAGAUCAUUGAGAUAUCUCAAGACAUUUAUUUCAGUGAUAUAAUUCACAUUUUCUGUGAAUAAAUUCUGCAUGCCAUUUCUUUGACAAAAUAGCUUGCAACACAUUUAUCUCAUACAAAAUGUUAGAUGGGAAAAAUAACAUGUAAAAUGUGUUUUCAAAGAAAUAGACCAAUAAAACUGUUCCAGUCAUUGUUAAUUCACGGCUGAUGUUGGUCUUCCCGUACACCCUAGGCGCUGUAGAACUGAGCAGCGAUUCAUUUCUGUAUUGCGUAGAAGUUGCUAUUCAAUCCAUUUCGCCCACUCUCUC